GACCUUCCACAAAAUUUAGAUUGACGAAUAGUGAAAGCGAGAAUAUAAACUUGCGCUGGGUCGUAGAUUAAAUACUGUUUAUUUACGCAUGCCUAUCCAGAUCGUACUCAUGAGUGCCGGAUAUGGCAGGUGCUCCUGGGCAUUAUGUUAAAUACAGAGGUCUUAGAGGUGAGCAAAUUGUCCCAGAGUUUCAAUCAGCUGUCAUGCGCUAUCUGCGCUGUGUACACGGAUUGCAUACGAGUCUACUUGAACUAGGAAGGACAGCCAAGUUUGAGAAGUUUGCAUUUGAUUCCUCUGUACGAUCCGGACCACCAAAAGUACAUCGAAGUCUGCGAGUACGGGGCUCGUCACGGAGAAGCCAAUCUCGACUAUCGUGUGAGUGGGAGACAGGAUGCUGAUAGUUUACAGCAAACAUCGAUUACCGAAGACUCUCUUGGGAUUGGUUGUUCUCGUUAUUUUGUGCACUUCCUCACGAUGCGAGACUUCGGGGAGGAAAACGGCGCCUCAACCCCGUCAUUCUCGUUUUGGUAACUCCCCUCUCCAUCAUGGAGACUCGGAUCACAGCGCUGUGCUGAACGUUGUCAGAAAAUUCUCAGUUGAUCAUCCUUUGGGGGACCAGGAUCUCUUCAGCACCAUCAACCGACGAAGACUUGCGUCCUGCUCGAAUCUCUACCCGUACGCAGCUAUUGCAGUAGACACGACAGGACAAUUGGCGGAUGUGCAGAACGUCACUGUGACCGUGAGCGGAGUCACGAAACCAUCGGACCAAGAUUGGGUUGGUGUUUUUUCGCCGACCGAUGCCAAUACAGAUGCGUGUCCGACCGAAUCCGCGGCGAUGUAUUUGCAGACAGGGGAUACGUCCAGUCUACCCUUAACUUGCCACUAUCCUGUCAAGUACAAGUUUUUGAAUACCGAUCCCGAGUAUAUUUCAUGUGGCAAGCCGACUUGCGAGGUUAGCGCAGGUAGUCGGUGCUUUGUUCAAACCUGCAGCGGGUCAGUGUCGUUCCGGUUGAUCAACAUUAGGACAGACGUAUUCUUCGUCUUCUUCACAGGGGGUUUGGCUUUGCCUUGUGUGAUCAACGCAUCCUCCGCGCUGUCGUUCGCAAACCCCAAGUCCCCACUCUAUGGCCAUCUCUCGUCAGUCGACUCAACUGGAACACAGAUGCGAGUGACAUGGGUCAGCGGUGACAGUUCUCCACAACAAGUGAAGUACAAUGGCUUGACGGCAACAUCCAAUGUUUCCACGUUCACAGCGGCCUCAAUGAGCUCUCAUGCAGCGAACCCUGCCAGCGAUUUCGGCUGGCAUGACCCGGGUUUCAUCCACUCCGCGGUGAUGAUAGGUCUCACCCCAUCCACCUCGUACAUUUAUUCCUUCGGCAGCGACGAUGUUGGAUGGAGUAAGAUUACAAAUUUCACGACACCGCCGGCUGUUGGAGCGAAUUCCGUGCGUGUAGUGAUGUAUGGCGACAUGGGCAAGGCUGAGCGUGAAAAUGCGAGCAUCCAUUAUUCAGCGCCAGGAUCGAUUGGCGUUGUUGAUGCAUUGACUAGAAGGAAUGAUGUCGACGUGGUGCUCCAUAUCGGCGAUAUCAGCUACGCUACUGGAUUUCUGGUGGAAUGGGAUUCGUUUUUAGAGUUGCUAACCCCUGUGGCUUCCAAGGUUUCCUACAUGACCGCCAUCGGCAAUCACGAGAGGGAUUUUCCCGGCUCUGGGUCUGUAUACACCUUAACGGAUUCAGGAGGUGAAAUCGGAGUCCCAUAUGAGACCUAUUUUCCGAUGCCUGCAGCUGCGGCAGACAAGCCUUGGUAUUCGUAUUCUUCGGGGCCAAUACAUUUCACCGUUAUGUCCACAGAACACAACUGGACUCGAGGCAGUGAACAGUACUCUUGGCUUCAAGAGGAUCUUGCAUCAGUUAAUCGGACCAUAACGCCAUGGAUCGUCUUUACAGGACACCGUCCAAUGUAUUCAUCCUACACCAGCAGUCUGGAUUUUCUUCUGGCUCCUGUGGAUACAAACUUCGCUCCUGAGCUUGAGCCUCUACUACUAAGUGCUAAAGUAGACAUCGCAGUGUGGGGACACGUCCACAACUAUGAACGCUCAUGCGCCGUCUUCAAUGGCACAUGCUUGGGGAUGCCGACCAACGAUAGUGCUGGAAUUGCUACGUACAAUAAUGCAGAUUACAAAGCACCUGUUCAAAUAGUCGUAGGUACCGCAGGCUUUGAGUCCAACGAUUUUGGUACAGCCACUCCUCCCGCGUGGAGCUUAGCACGCAUCAAGGAUUACGGUUACAUCUACAUUCAGGCGGAUAGGACUCGUCUCACUGUACAGUUUGUGUCUUCAACAAGUGGAACUGUCGGUGAUCAAUGUAGCUUCACCCGGUGAAGCAAUUUACCUGAAUCACAGCCUUAACUCUAUUUCGGUGAAGUGAUUCUUUAUGUGCAUCACGAGCAAAUAGAUAUGGCAGCAGAAGUAUUCUUAGCUGCGGUUGUCGCAGUCACCUCAAAAGCUAUUGUGGCAAUUCAGAUACUCUACCAACUGGGGGUUUUUCUACGAGAAUUGUAUCGAUCCCCCUCCACAUCAGGUUCCUAGUUUCGAACCAUGAGCAACAAUAUACUGAUGGUUUCCAAUGUACUUAACUAGUUUAUUUUUCGGAAGAUCAGACCCUGAAAAUACAAAAGCAGUGUGAAGUCAUCAUCUCUCAUUCUUAGUUUGACCCAUUUGUAAUUAUGAACCACGUCUCAAGAGUUUUGUUAGAUAUUACGCAUUGGUUGUGCAGGUUUGUUUUGUGUUUGCCAUUCUUGUUACUGGUAGACAAAGUUCGUUUUGAAGUGCACCUGUUGGCAAGGAUUUGCUUCAUCUGCAAGCAUUAUUUCAAAAUUGUUUCUAAAUAUUCUUAAUUAUUAAACAAGCAUUGUGUCAAAA